GGUCGGGAUCGUUUUUGACCACAUACCCCAUCCCCUCCUGAUUCGCAACCCCAUGGACAGGCGGUAGCAAUUUAACAAACAGUUUACCAAAGUGCUACGCUGCGUGGCAGAAACCGCUCCCAGUAGCAAAACGGGAGGGGAGCAUUUUGUGGGGCUACACGGGCAGCUGCGCCAGGGAGGCGGGUCCGAGCUCCAGCUGUUGGCGAGGGAGGAGCGGCGAGCGCCUCUGGCAGCGCGCCGGGGGAGCCCGGCGAGGGGCCGGCUCGGCUCGGCUCGCCCGGUGCUGCGCUCACGCCCCAGCGCCUGACAGCGGGCGGGCGCCACCAUGAGCGGCUCCGGCUCUGCCUCGCACUGCGAGACCCAAGAGCCGCUGUCGGCCGAGGAGAGCCCGGCCAUCAGCGCCGUCAUGUUCUCCGCCGGGCUGCUGGGCAACCUGACGGCGCUGGCGCUGCUGGCCCGGCGCCGGCUGGGGCGGCGCGGCCGCCCGCUCUCCCUCUUCCACGUGCUGGUGACCGUCCUGGUGCUCACCGACCUGCUGGGCACCUGCCUGGUCAGCCCCGUGGUGCUGGUCUCCUACGGCCGCAACCGCACGCUGGUGGCGCUGGCCGAGGACCGGCGGCUGUGCCUCUACUUCGCCUUCGCCAUGAGCUUCUUCGGCCUGGCCACCAUGCUGGUGCUGUUCGCCAUGGCGCUGGAGCGCUGCCUGGCGCUGGGCCAGCCCUACCUCUACGAGCGCUUCGUCCGCCGCCGCUCGGCGCUGCUGCUGGCCCUGCUGGCCCUCUACGCCUUCGCCGCCGCCUUCUGCGCCCUGCCGCUGCUGGGCUUCGACCGCUACGUGCAGUACUGCCCGGGCACCUGGUGCUUCAUCCAGAUGCGCGCCGCCCAGGGCCCCGGCGGCGGCGGCGCCACCUACUCGCUGCUCUACGCCACGCUGCUGCUGCUGCUCAUCCUGGCCGUGCUGCUCUGCAACCUGAGCGUCACCCGCAGCCUGGUGGGCAUGCACCGCCGCGGGCAGACCUCGCGCCGCCUGGCCUCGCUGGAGCAGCCCGCCGGGCGCCGGAGGCUCUCCAUGUCCGAGGAGGUGGAUCACCUCAUCCUCCUGGCCAUCAUGACCAUCACCUUCAUCGUCUGCUCCCUGCCUUUCACGAUUGAUGCCUAUGUGAACAAGUUUAUGGAAAUCCAAGACGAUAAGAGGGACCUUCUAGCGCUGAGGUUCUUAGCAAUUAAUCCAAUUAUUGACCCUUGGGUCUUUGUCAUCCUUAGACCUUCAGUGCUGAGGGUAAUCCGUUCUGUACUGUGCUGUCAGAUGUCCCUGAAGAGCCAAGACAACAUGCAGACGACGACUCCUGCUGCAGAGUCAAAAUCCAAUAAACAGAUUGACCUUUGCGGGCAGUAAUCCCAGCCGCUUUCAGUGGAGACAUCUGGAAGAUCAUGCUAAAAUGGCUCCUCAGGGUCACGAACAAACUUAGAAGUAUAAACACGAUGGGAAGCUGUGCUUUUUAGGUUAAUAAACAAAUCCAUUUACUGUACAAUGGAUUGAGCUGCAGUCUGGCUGACGAGAUACUGCAGGAUUUGUCAAAAAGCAUAAGGGAAGUCCAUCUACAAUGAGUAUUUUCUACUUAUGGGACAGCCUCCUAGAGGCUAAUCAAUAACUGGAUUUCCGUUGCCACUAGACAGGAACUUUCAUGUUGAACUAAAGACGUGUGCUGCACUCUAGUGCGUUUGAAACGCUAAAAAGAUAGUGGCUAUUUACUGUAAGUCUCGGAGAUAAAUGUUUUCUGGAACACUAUGCCUUGUGAUGCCGUUUGGUGGGGAGACACAGAAGAGCUAAUAAUAUUGCUUUGGCUUAUUGGUUUGUUGCGAAACCCACCAAGUCCUUAUUAGCUUCGUGGAGGCUUAACUAACCAUUUAUCUAACUACUGAAACGGAAGUCUUUAGACCCCCGUGUAUUUCUGUCUCAGAGAUAUCUGUAUUGCCAUGUGCCUUCGUAUAACUACAGUCUUGCCCUGGGGUGGGAGGGGAAGGCAGGAAGGCUAAAGCUAGUUCUGCUUCUUGUCGCUCUAUUUUCCAAGUGCCGUACAGCUAGGGGAAGAAAAGCCAGCUGGCUUCCUCGUUUGGGGCCACAGCUGUUAGGAGGGGCAGAAGCAGGGUUCCAGCUCUCUGCUCCAGAAUCCUGAGUUUUCGAGCGGCACUCCAUGGGUAGGGUCAUGCUUAAUGGUGGGCAAAUGUCAACUGAGCUCCCCGGUGUUGGAGCACUCAGCCCGUCCCCCACACCUCCUCAACAACCUCUUGGAUGGAAGAGCUUUGCUUUGGGCUGCAACCAGAUGCCCAUCCCCCACCUAUUUGUGCUGGUAGGAUAAGGAGCCGAACACGCUUCUAAGCAUGCGGCCUGUGCACCUCCGAGGCUGGGGUGUGUCCGCUGGGGCCCGGCCUGCUGCCCUUCAGUGCUGGGAGAGAUGGUUGCUUGUGCAGAAGGAAGAAGGCUUCCCAGGCCUUCUCACUAGGGGUUUUCUAGAGGCCCCAACACUUUUGUAUUAAGUGCCUCUUCCCAUGCAAGCCUGAUACAGUCUUGUGCGUGACAAGCCUUUGCAGCCCCUGCUCAUAGGCAUUUUCCAUAGAAGAAAUACCGUGCAAGCCACUUAUGUAAUCAUCACAUCUCAUCCUAGGUAAAGCUGUGGGAAUGACGACGGGAAGGCUUAAAUAUCCGGGGGAAAUAUUUCACAAGAUAGACCUUCUAGCAGGCUGGCUGCUCCUCACUGUUUCAGAGUGGUAGCCGUGUUAGUCUGUAUCAGCAAAAAGACCGAGGAGUACUUGUGGCACCUUAGAUCAUAAGAUCACCAAUGGAUUGUAGUUUCCUCAGGAAGUCAGUGGUGUCUUGAAGAUAGCUAGGAGUGCUGGUAGCGUAGGGCCUGAGGAGAGAGUCUACAUAGCCAGACAAUCCUGCUGUCAGGCUGCCAAUGCCUGAGAUGAUGGGGUGUCCAGGAUUUCCAGAUUUAUGGAUCUUGGGUAGCAGAUAGAAUACCCCUGGUCAGGGGUCUAGGGGUGUGUCUGUGCAGAUUUGUUCCUGUGCUUUUUCAGGGACUUUCUUGAGCAAAUGGUGUAGUUUGUUACUCACACCUUCCUGUCAACUGUUUGAAAUGGGCCAUCCUGAUUAUCACUACAAACAUUUUUUGUUUCCUGCUGAUAAUAGCUCAUCUUAAUUGAUUACUCUCGUUAGAGUUGGUAUGGCAACACCCAUGUCCUCUGUGUGUAUAUAUAUCUUCCUACUGUAUUUUCCACUGCAUGCAUCCGAUGAAGUGGGUUUUAGCCCACAAAAGUUUAUGCCCAAAUACAUUUGUUCGUCUCUAAGGUGCCGCAAGUACUCCUCGUUCUUUGUCCUCACUGUGAUUCUAACCAGGAAGCUGCCUUCAUUUUACAUUAUGGGCCUGCUCCCACAGAACUCAUGGGGAGCUUUGCCAUUGAGUUCGAUGGAGGCAGGGUAGCUGUCUCCUGUCCAAGCCCGCCGUGUGCUGGAAAGACCUUUUUCCUAGAGUGACUGGCCCCGAUUCCGUAGAGCACUUCCGUUCUCGAUGCUUUGCUUAAUCAGGGCCCUAAGUGAUGUCUUAAAGUCCCUCCUCUGAAAAAGAUAGUUUCCCUUCAGUGUCACAUGUAAAGCAGGUUUUCAGACAGACUGUGGUAUAUUGUACGUGACGCUGAUAUAGGGAUGUUAGUGUAGAUCAGCAGCUGUCCUUUUGUCUGCUAUGCCAAGGAGGACCCAGAGGUUCAGAGAGGGGUGGAGAGAAAAUUGCCCCAAAAGAAUUCCACUGGGUAGACACGAGGGCACAUUUUGGAGGGUGGAGCUAAACUGACCCCAUAAUACAGAGGAUAAUGUUAGUUACCUAAGUCCGUAGUUCUCAACCUCUGCCCUAAGCAGAUCCCCUCCCAUUUAAUGAGAUGGGAGUCUCAGGAUGACCAUGAUCCACUGACAACCUAAUAAUACCCAAUUCUCAUUCUAGUGCCUUUCCUCAGUAGAUUUCAAAGCACUUUACAAAGAAGGUCAGUAACAUUUAGCUCACUGGGAAACCGAGGCACUUUUUUUGUUCGUUAAAGUAAGAGGUUAUUUUUAUAUGAUAGCGUUAUGUCCAGUGGUCCAAUGGUGUUGCUUUCUACUGAGAUUUUUAUUUAAAUAAAAAUGAAUUCAGUUUGUCAGGUACACACUCUCUGCUACGUAUAUUCUUGUCAAUGGUAUGUUAUCAGGAUUGGCUCAUCUGUCAAAUUCUGCAUUGAUUUCACACCCUAUGCAAUCCGCACUGAAGUCCGUGCAAGACGAUCCAAACCCAUUAAACUUCGGCUGAGAGUGGCCUUAUUUUAUGUAACCUUUUCCCCUUCCCUUCCAUGGAACCCUCAUUGAAGUCAAUGGACUUGCUUACACUAGAGAUGAAUUUGCCCAAAUGGGAUUACCCAUGAUAACUGGCACAGGUGUUGCUCCACUUUCUUAAAAAAACCCAAAACGUACAUGGUAUUUUAUUGCAAGUGGAUCUUGUAUAUUUAAGAGUUUUAUUCCUGUCUAAAAAUACCCAAAAUGAAAAGAUUUGAAGCUUUUUGUAUUUCUGCAUUUGACGUAACGUAAAAUGACUAUAAUAAAAAUCAUCUUUCCAAAGUA